UUCACAAUUUUCACGUCUCUUCUAUACAGAGAGAGACAGAAUCAAAAUUUAUGCCGACAUGGAUCAUCAUCAAGAAUCAAAUUCUCUGAAGCAGAUUUUCUCUCUAUCUUCAUCUCCGUUCUUCUUAACCUUUAAGAUCAAGAAACACAUAUUCGUAGGAAUCUCUCUUCUCAUUAGUUUUCUAAUAUUCUCCGUCAUCGUCGUCGAUCUUGCCGGCUUCGAGCCUCAUCUUUGUUUCGGAUUUUUAUCUCUUACAUCGAAAAGCCUAACGAAUGAACGAAGAAACGUCGACGUAUGCGACUAUUCAUACGGAAGAUGGGUUCGUAGAGGACGCCGUGACGUGGACGAAACCUCGUAUGGAGAAGAGUGUCGGUUUCUGGAUCCUGGUUUUCGUUGUCUGAAUAAUGGAAGAAAAGAUUCUGGUUUUCGAAAAUGGCGAUGGCAACCACACGGCUGCGAUCUUCCACGAUUCAACGCAAGUGAUUUUCUAGAGAGAAGUCGAAACGGAAGGAUUGUGUUCAUCGGAGAUUCCAUCGGAAGAAACCAAUGGGAAUCUCUCUUGUGUAUGCUUUCACAAGCAGUGUCUAAUACAUCUGAGAUAUAUGAAGUAAAUGGAAACCCUAUAAGCAAGCAUAAAGGUUUCCUUUCGAUGCGGUUUCCGCAACACAACCUAACCGUCGAAUAUCAUAGAACCCCGUUUCUGGUCGUGGUUGCUCGGCCACCUGAGAACUCACCGGAAGAUGUCAAAAUGACUGUUCGAGUCGAUGAGUUUAACUGGCAGUCAAAAAAAUGGACCGGGUCCGAUGUUCUGGUCUUCAAUACAGGACAUUGGUGGAACGAAGACAAAACCUUUAACGCGGGUUGCUAUUUUCAGGAGGGAGGAAAAUUGAACAAGACAAUGGGAGUAAUGGAGGGAUUUAGGAAGUCUUUAAAGACAUGGAAGUCAUGGGUUUUAGAGAGACUAGAUUCUGAGAGUAGUCAUGUCUUCUUCAGAAGCUUUUCUCCUGUGCAUUAUAGGAAUGGGACAUGGAACUUGGGUGGUUUGUGUGAUGCAGAUACAGAGCCAGAGAUUGAUAUGAAGAAGAUGGAACCUGACCCUAUCCACAACAAUUAUAUCUCUCAAGUAAUACAAGAAAUGAGAUAUGAACAUAGUAAGGUUAAGUUUUUGAACAUUACAUAUCUGACCGAGUUCAGAAAAGAUGCUCAUCCAUCGCGUUAUCGAGAGCCGGGAACUCCUGAAGAUGCACCUCAAGAUUGCAGUCACUGGUGCUUACCCGGUGUGCCUGACACAUGGAAUGAGAUUCUCUAUGCGCAGCUAUUGGCAAUGAAUUAUCGAACAAAACGAAAAGAGGUUCAACCUUUCUGACCCGUAUGUGGAAGGAAUCUGAAUGAAGACGAUAUCAUCAAAAUGAUUCAAAGAGACGGUUUUGCAUUCUGAUGGAUCUAUAUAUACAGAGAAGGUGUACGUACCAGGCCUGGCACAUAUCUCUGAAUCGCAGCCAGCAUGGCUGCGUGACCAACCGCUGUAACCUGUUCAGAAUAGUUUACUCAUUACAUUAGUUCCAUACUAAAGGAUAGAGCUGUGAAUGAGAAAGGUUAACACUGCAGAGAUUAGCUCCACAGGUUUGUACAAAGCAAACUAAAAACGUAGGUAGGUGUAAUAUAGACAAAUUAUUUAAGAUGAUCAGAAUAACAAAAA